GCUCAGAGUCAAAGAUAAGCUAGACACAGAGUCGAGAGCUGACACACCAUAGAUAGCUAGACACAGAGAAGCAACACCAUGCGUGCUCCGGUGAGCCUCCUGCACCGCGCCGUCCUCGCCAACACUGGCCCGGGCGAGCCGUCGUUGCCGCCAGCGACUAUGAAGGCCCCUGACCAGCAGCAGACGGCGCCUGCCAUGGCGGUGAACUCGGACAUGGUGGUCAUCUUGGCGUCGUUGCUAUGUGCGCUCGUCUGCGUCCUUGGUCUCGCCCUCGUCUCCCGAUGCACGUGCCGACGGCGCCGCUCGGCCUCAUCCUCCGAUCACGCCCCUCCUCCCCCAAAGGGCCUCAAGAAGAAGGCCAUCGACGCGCUCCCCACCGUCUCCUUCGCCACUACAGCUUCGCCGGCUCCGGCGACGUGCUCGUCCUCUGAGUGCGCCAUAUGCCUGGCGGAAUUCGCGGAAGGGGAUGGCCUGCGUGUGCUCCCGCUGUGCAGCCAUCGCUUCCACGUUGCCUGCGUUGACGCCUGGCUCCGGACGUGCGCCACAUGCCCCUCGUGUCGUGCCCCCAUCGUUGCUACGCCCGCGCAGCGGCCGGUGACAACCACGGUGGUGGUCGUGAUGGCGGCAAACAAUAGGUGCGAGAGGUGCGGCGAUCUGGCGGCGCCGACCGGUGGUGGCGCUGACACGUUUUUAACUUAGUUUGUAAUUAAUCAGGUUUGUAAGUAACACAUAAGUUUUACUGUACAAAAUCCUGUGAAAUCGGCGAGUUGCUAGAUCGCGUUGUACAUUCAAUUUGUCUUCACAGGAUUUUGUACAGUAAAACUUAUGUGUUACUUAAGAUUUGUGAUUUAUUCGACUUUAUUGCUGGUUUGCUGCAUUCGACCCAGCAAAACAUAAAUUGUAUGCUCUUCUAGUAAUUGUGUAUUUCUCUACCUUUUGCGAUAUUCACCUCU